CCAAGUGUCAUACGGUCUAGACACUUCUAUCCAAACCAAUCACAUCAAAGUUAUUACCACGUCAAAUACAAUAACAAUAAGUAACACACAAUACAAUACAAAGCAAAAUUUGAAGCCAAUAAAAUGUAAGUAGAUUUUAUUUUGGCUCGAACUUUGCUUAUUGCAACGUCACGUAUCCUACGCUAUAAGCAAAGUCCUUCUAACAACACAUAUUGCGUGUAACAAGCAAAGUCCUCCCAAUCUACUACACAAAUGUAACAUGCACGUCCCACACACUUAAUGUAAUAUCACAUGUAAAAUAUAAAAAUAUAUAAAAUAUAUGCAGAUUUUAUUUUGACUUAAAUUUUAUUUAUUAUCACGUUAAAUAUCAUUCAUAAUAAACAGAUUUCCUCCAACAGACUCCACAGAUAUAACAUGCACACCCCCACGCACUCAAGGAUAAUAUCAUUAAGUAAAUUUUGAAACUGAUAAAAUAUACGCAAACUUUAUCAUACGUCGGGAGUUGCUUAUUACCAUGUCAUAUUGUUGGUAAAUAAGCAAAGUCCACCAACCGACUCCACAGAUGUAACGUGCACAUCCCCACACUUUAUUCCAUCCAUCUUCCUUUUUCUCUCACAGAUCCCCAAAAAAAAAAAAGUAUUUAUUAAUUUCACAAAAUUCUCAUUUUUUUUCCCGAUCACCGGAACUCACAUUUCUCUCCACCAUUCUACGGCGGAACGCGGCGGCGAUAGGUGGCGGAGGUAGGUGGUGGAUGGCAAGAACCAAUAAAUAUACCUCCCUUAAUUUCAACGACAUAUACGAGAAGAAAGCAACAAACAAUUCAUCCAUCAAAUCAAAUUCAUCUUCUUCUUCAUCGUCUUCAUCAUUAUCAUCUUCGUUUAAUAAUAAAACUAUUAUAUCUAAUUCUCGUAUCCAUGGCCAUAUGCUUGUGUUAAGCCGGCCUACGCCUAAGCCCAUUUCCAUUCCGAUCCAGCAACAGAACAAGUGUCAGACCUCGCCUGAUCAAAUCCGAGCUCAAUCUAACCCGGAUCCGAACCCGAAGCCGGACCCCAUUUCGCUUCGUCCACAAGGCCGUACUGGAUCCGGAUCGACUACCCCGGUUUCACCUUUGCAAAAGUCGAACCGGUUUGUGCCGCCACAUCUUAGACCGGGAUUUGUAGGACGGGAGGAGAAACCGGUGCCGGUUCAGGGAGUGAGAGGUAGACCGGAGAGUCAUCAGGGAUCACCUAGGUAUGGAGAGAACGGUAGGCCGAAAUCGGGAGGUGGGUAUGAACGAAUGAGGAGGGGAUUUAGUGAAGCUGAUUCUGUGAAUUUUGUGAACAGGCCUAGUUCUAGCGGGACGAGGCCUAGCUCUAGUGGAUGAUGGCAUCUUGAUCUUGACGGAGCUUAGCUCCCCUUUGCCGAUGAGGAUGGAAAGGUCUUUUCUGAGGCAAAUAUGUUAGCAAGAUCAGCUGCGGAUGGAUGUUAAUGGUUGUUGAAGUCAUGAAAGUUGGAUUUAUGACCAGGUUGCUCCUUUCGUCUGCAGUAACUCCAGUAACCAAAUGAUGACUUGCUGGUGUAAACGAAGACGUUCAAGGAUCAAAAAGCUCGAUCAAAUUGUUCUUUUCAUUUCUCGCCUUCAAACUUCUUUUGCUUUCGUCUACCUACCCACUCUCUCAGGAAGAGAUAAGGUUUAGAUGAAAUUUAGUGUAUUGUUGUAUGUUGUUAUAUUGUGCAACUACCAUAAAUUGGUGUAUUCUGAUGGUAUGCUACCACCAUUGCACCUUAUUGUAUGUACUUUCUGUACUACAGUGGAUAUGAAUUUGUUUCUGUUUUCAGGGUUCCUCA